AUGCGUGUUAACCUGAAGAACAAGCUCAUCAUCAUCUCCAACGAUAUCGAUUUUGACAAUCUGCCUCACGUUCUCGAGCUUCUAGUGCCGAAGAGUCCUGUUCGAAGAGUCCAGGAUUAUAGCUCGCCAAUGAUAUCGCCAUCACGAGCGCAGCGUUUCCGCAAGAACUCAAGGCCCAGCGAAAUCGAGGCAGAGAAUCAACUUGCUGAGACGAUUGUGGCUGAUGUUGCAGGCACCUCCACG